GCUUGCUGCUGAUGCUGCUGAUGCUGCUCAUGCUGCUGCUGUUGUUACUAUGACAGAGCUUCAGCGCUUGGGAACGAGGACGAUGUGUCGGGGGCUCUGAGCAUCUUUAAGAGGACGGGGGCCAAACGCGACUUGUCGGCAGCGAAUAAUGAUGGCACGGAGCCGGAGCAGCCUCUUGCUCCUUGCGCUGAUCCUUCUCCCUCUCUCCGCAGGCAGCAAGCAGACCCUGUACAUCGGAGCUCUGUUCCCCAUGAGCGGUGGCUGGCCGGGUGGUCAGGCUUGCCUUCCAGCUGCUCAGAUGGCCCUCCGCGAUGUCAACAACCGCUCAGACAUUCUUCGGGACUACGAGUUGCAACUGAUCUACCAUGACAGCAAGUGUGACCCCGGGAAAUCUACCAAGUACCUGUACGAGCUGCUCUACAAUGAGCCCAUGAAGAUCGUCCUCAUGCCAGGAUGCAGUGGUGUCUCAACGCUGGUGGCCGAAGCAGCCCGGAUGUGGAACCUGAUUGUCCUCUCGUAUGGCUCCAGCUCUCCUGCUCUCUCCAAUCGCCAGCGCUUCCCCACCUUCUUCCGGACUCACCCUUCCGCGACCCUCCACAACCCGACCCGGGUCAAACUCUUCAAGAGAUGGGGCUGGACGAAGAUCGCCACCAUCCAACAGACCACAGAAGUCUUCACCUCGACUUUAGACGAUUUGGAGCAGCGCGUGAAGGAAGCCGGGAUCGAGAUUAGCGUGCGGCAGAGCUUCCUGACAGACCCUGGCGUCGCUGUUAAAAACCUCAAGAGACAAGAUGCCCGUAUCAUUGUUGGGUUAUUCUACGAAACUGAGGCAAGGAAAGUCUUCUGUGAGGUAUACAAGGAGAAGCUGUACGGUAAGAAGUAUGUCUGGUUCCUGAUCGGAUGGUAUGCGGACAACUGGUUCAAGAUCCAGGACAAUAACAUCAACUGUACGGUGCAGCAAAUGACGGAAGCCGUGGAGGGUCACCUCACCACUGAGAUCCUCAUGGUGAAUCCCACCAACAGCAGGGGAAUUUCCAAAAUGACCUCCCAAGAGUUCUUGGAGAAACUGCAGAUGGUGAUCAAGAAAUCGCCGGAGGAGACGGGGGGCUACCAAGAGGCCCCCUUGGCCUACGAUGCCAUCUGGGCCCUGGCCCUGGCCCUGAACAAAACGGCCCAGGAGCUGGAGAAGAAGCAGAUGCGUUUGGAGCAGUUCAACUAUCGCAGUCAGAACAGGGACAUCACCGACGAGCUUUACAAAGCCAUGAAUUCCUCCUCCUUCGAUGGGGUCUCGGGUCACGUGGUGUUCGAUGCCAGUGGAUCUCGGAUGGCCUGGACAAUGGUUGAGCAAUUGCAAGAUGCUAAAUACGUGAAGAUCGGCUACUAUGACAGUACGAAUGACAACAUGUCUUACUUUGGCACUGACCGCUGGUUUGGUGGGGUCCCUCCCGCUGAUCACACAAAGGUUAUCCCCACUUUCCGUUACCUAUCCCAGAAGCUUUUUGUGUCGGUCUCAGUCCUGGCUGGACUCGGGAUUUUACUGGGAAUUAUCUGCCUCACCUUUAAUAUCUACAACAGCAAUGUACGGUACAUUCAGAACUCCCAGCCCUACCUGAAUAACAUGACGGCGGUGGGCUGCACACUGGCACUGGCAGCCGUAUUCCCGCUUGGACUGGACGGGUACCACAUCCGCCAAUGGCAUUUCCCCCUUGUCUGCCAGGCCCGAGUGUGGCUACUAGGCCUGGGCUUCAGCCUAGCUUACGGCAGCAUGUUCACCAAAAUCUGGUGGGUUCACACCGUGUUUACCAAGAAGGAUGACAAGAAGGAGAAACGGAAGCACCUGGAGCCCUGGAAACUGUACGCCACAGUGAGCGUGCUGCUCGCCAUUGAUGUCCUCACACUGGCUGUCUGGCAGAUUGUUGACCCACUUCACCGCACCAUCGAGGAGUUCUCCAAAGAGGCACCAGCGGGGGACCAGGGUGUCCUGAUCCUGCCACAGCUGGAGCACUGCAGCUCAAACAAGAUGAACACCUGGCUCGGAAUUGUUUAUGGAUAUAAGGGCCUGUUGCUCCUUCUGGGCAUCUUCCUGGCCUAUGAGACGAAGAGCGUUUCCACGGAGAAGAUCAAUGACCACCGGGCAGUGGGGAUGGCCAUAUACAAUGUCGCUGUGCUUUGUAUGAUCACUGCCCCCGUGACCAUGAUCGUCAGCAGUCAGCAGGAUGCUGCCUUUGCCUUCGCUUCCCUGGCAGUCGUCUUCUCUGUCUACAUCACCCUGGUGGUUCUCUUUGUCCCGAAGAUGCGGAGGUUGAUAACACGAGGAGAGUGGCAAUCUGAGCAGCAGGACACCAUGAAGACAGGCUCCUCCACCAACAACAACGACGAGGAAAAGUCACGGCAACUGGAAAAAGAGAACCGAGAACUGGAGAAGAUCAUUGCUGAGAAGGAAGAGCGUAUCUCCGAGCUCCGCCAGCAGCUCUACGAGCGACAGCAGCUGCGCUCCCGGAGGCGCCCUCCAACACCGCCAAGGAGAACUUCACGGACAACCACUUCAGCAACUCCUCCUCGGGGACUGUCUCCUCCCUGUACCAGCCCAACCUGCCCCUGGUGAAGUGCCUGGUCUCGGCUGAGCAGACCGACAAGCUGGGCCGGAACAACUGCGACGGCAGCAGGGUCCACCUGCUCUACAAAUGACGCUCAAGGGGGUCGGAGGGUCGGCCCAAGCAGGGGCUCAGGUAACCGCUGGUCCUUCAACAUCCUCCAACUGGCUGAGCACAGGCAGAUGAUAGGGGCCCCCGCAGAGGAAUGGCCUCUGUGUUCCGUCUGACUGGUCUCGAGAGUGGAUAAACCCCACUACAGCCCAAUCCCCCCCCCCGCCCCGCCCGCCCUCAGAAUUGGAGCAAAAAUACCAAGCAAAACCUCAAGCGUGGUUACCAUGGAAACACAGUUAGGUAUGGGCAAUAAGUGCUGGCCUAGCCAGCGACGUCCGCAUCCUAUAAAUGAAUUUUUUUUAAAAAAAAAGCUUCUUUGAGCCCCAAGUGUUGAGUUCUUCGGAUAGUGAGGUUGCAGGAUUCCCUCUGCUGGUGCUUAUUUUGUGUUGAGCGCAAGCACGUCCCUUUAAAAUCCUUUCACGUUUUGUUUGAAAGGUCAACCAGGGGUAACCUUUCACUGACUUGGAAAUAUAUCAGCCGUUCCUUCACUGUCGCGGGUCAAAAUCCUGGAACUCCCUCCCUAACAGCACUGUGGGUGUACCUACACCACAUGGACUGCAGCGGUUCAAGAAGGCAGCUCAGCACCACCUUCUGAAGGGCAAUUAGGGAUGGGCAGUAAAUGCUGACCCAGCCAGUGAUGCCCACUUCCCAUGAAAGAAUACGUUUGAAAUACUGCAUUUACGAUAGAACUAACCCACAACAGCCAGGAGAACAUUUCACCCUGUGAAAUCCAUAUCAACCAUGGGUGACCCCUGGUGGCAAGGGCAUGUUAAGGGUAAAAGUCGCUCCUGAGCGGUAUCGCAUCUGCCGACUGUUCUCCUACCCGCUCAAUGCUGUUGCCUUUAAUAGGGCUGUUUAUUGUGGGGAGGGGAGUGUAUAGCGGGCGGCUGAUUUGACACUGCCUACCCCCGGUUUAAUUGGUGGAGAACGAUUGCCCUGCGUCACCCAUCGCAGAAUCAUCCUCGUUAAUUGAGAUCCUCGUCCCAACUCGUGUCCAUCGACAAAGAUUCAAAUUUGGGAGGCAAUUUCCCCAGAAGCCAUUUGGUAAAUAAUUCAUGUCACAGACAAGGGGAGUUUGUUAAAGGGAUAAACUCCCUCGCCACAGUUACCAAGGCCUGACCCGGAGUCCCCAGCUCUGGUGAAUUUGAUCGAUCCUGGCUGUUGAGUUAGGGGCAAUGGAAGGAUUUGCAAACUCGUUCGAUUGUUGCUGGUUUUGAUCCAGUUUCAACCCCAACUUCUCUCUUCGACCCGGGAAGCUUGGGGGUGGGGGCAGGAAGGUACAGUGUCCUCCAGGAAAGUGAGCCAUGGAAGAUGCUAUUUCAAUCUUCAUUGUAAUCAACCUGUAAAACAGAACAAUAUGUAGGAUUUUCACUGGGACCAGAAGAAACCCUGAAGGGGUUUAUAAUCGACCACACGUGGACAAUCUCCACUGCACCCCCUCCUGAUGCAAUUGUUGCCUACAAUAACUUGGGUGCUUUAGUCCGGACAGAUGCAGAUUCGAGGUCUCACAGUUGGGCUGGUGUGUGCUCUGUCCUUUAUUGGCAAAGUACCAACGCCAAGUCUUUCCAGCGCUUUGGGACCAGCCAGUCACUGAAUGUUUAAUUAAUGGAGAAAGCACCAUUCGAUAAACAUGCCAGGGUGCGGAGAGAAUCCAUUGCUAAUACCAUGUGGCUCUUAAGAAGUGUGGAGGCGUCAUUCUCACCCCGCGCAUAAGCCCCAGCUGGUGGCCGGCCGGAAAUUGAAGCGUGGGCCGGGGGAAGGGCGCAAAACGGACGUAUCGUUUUGUGCCCGUCCCCAGUUCAACCCUGCGGCCUAAUUGAACAAAGGAUGGGAGCUGCAGCCGUCACAGUCCUGUUGCUCCUCUUAAUUGCUUUCAGCAUCUGCACAGUCCUGUUCUCCUAUAACGAUGGCAACUCAAUCCGUCCUUACUGGACAAACUUUUAUUUUAGCGAUUUAUGGCUGUCUUAUCUAUAUUCUUCCAAUUGAGUCACAUGUGAUUCUUGACUCAUGCUGCGUCAGGUUGUACAAACUGCUACGUUAGAGUGCCAUAGUGGAUUGGAACCGUAUUUUUCUGUUAUAUUGGCAAGUGAAUGGUGAUCAUUUACAAUGUGCAUUGCACCAACUGAUUAGGAUUUGACAUUCGAUGCAUGGAUGGUUUUAACACCAGACUCAUUGUAUUUGGGAAAGGACUUAUUUCUAAUAAAAUGCUUCUGUAUAUUCUG